GCGGAACCGCAGGCGGACGCACGUACCGCUUCGCUCUCAGGGGCAGACUCAGCGGCGGAAGUGGCGCCGCUGAAAGAUCUUCUUCCGCUCUGAGGCGCUACUGAGGCUGCGGAGCCGGAGUGCGGCUGGGGCGGGAAGAGCUGGGGCCGUGGCUGACAUGGAGCAGCCCUGCCGCUGAGGCCCCGCCCUCCCCGCCCUGAGGUGGGGGCCCACCAGGAUGAGCAAGCUGCCCGGGGAGCUGGCCCGAGACUUGGAGUGCAGCCUGCCCGCCGUGGCCUCCCUGGGCUCCUCACUGUCCCACAGCCAGAGCCUCUCCUCGCACCUCCUUCCGCCACCUGAGAAGCGCAGGGCCAUCUCUGAUGUUCGCCGCACCUUCUGUCUCUUUGUCACCUUCGACCUGCUCUUCAUCUCCCUGCUCUGGAUCAUCGAACUGAAUACCAACACAGGCAUCCGCAAGAACUUGGAGCAGGAGAUCAUCCAGUACAACUUCAAAACUUCCUUCUUCGACAUCUUCGUCCUGGCCUUCUUCCGCUUCUCUGGACUGCUCCUGGGCUAUGCCGUGCUGCGGCUCCAGCACUGGUGGGUGAUUGCGGUCACGACGCUGGUGUCCAGUGCAUUCCUCAUUGUCAAGGUCAUCCUCUCUGAGCUGCUCAGCAAAGGGGCAUUUGGCUACCUGCUCCCCAUCGUCUCCUUCGUCCUCGCCUGGUUGGAGACCUGGUUCCUUGACUUCAAAGUCCUACCCCAGGAAGCCGAAGAGGAACGAUGGUAUCUUGCCGCCCAGGCUGCUGUUGCCCGUGGACCCCUGCUGUUCUCCGGUGCUCUGUCCGAGGGACAGUUCUAUUCACCCCCAGAAUCCUUUGCAGGGUCUGACAAUGAAUCAGAUGAAGAAGUUGCUGGAAAGAAAAGUUUCUCUGCUCAGGAGCGGGAGUACAUCCGCCAGGGGAAGGAGGCCACAGCAGUGGUGGACCAGAUCUUGGCCCAGGAAGAGAACUGGAAGUUUGAGAAGAAUAAUGAAUAUGGGGACACCGUGUAUACCAUUGAAGUUCCCUUUCACGGCAAGACGUUCAUCCUGAAGACCUUCCUGCCCUGCCCUGCGGAGCUCGUGUACCAGGAGGUGAUCCUGCAGCCCGAGAGGAUGGUGCUGUGGAACAAGACAGUGACCGCCUGCCAGAUUCUGCAGCGAGUGGAAGACAACACCCUUAUCUCCUAUGACGUGUCUGCAGGGGCUGCGGGCGGCGUGGUCUCCCCAAGGGACUUUGUGAAUGUCCGGCGCAUUGAGCGGCGCAGGGACCGAUACUUGUCAUCAGGGAUCGCCACCGCACAUAGUGCCAAGCCCCCGACGCACAAAUAUGUCCGGGGAGAGAAUGGCCCUGGGGGCUUCGUCGUGCUCAAGUCGGCCAGUAACCCCCGUGUCUGCACCUUUGUCUGGAUUCUUAAUACAGAUCUCAAGGGCCGCCUGCCCCGGUACCUCAUCCACCAGAGCCUCGCGGCCACCAUGUUUGAAUUUGCCUUUCACCUGCGACAGCGCAUCAGCGAACUAGGGGCUAGGGCGUGACUGUGCCCCACCCACCCUGCGGGCCAGGGUCCUGUCGCCACCACUUCCAGAGCCAGAAAGGGGGCCAGUUGGGCUUCCGCUGCCCACAUAGGACCUGGCCCCAGGUUGUCACCCUCCACCAAGCCAUGCAGUGCCUGGAGUCGACUGUCUGAGCAGGCUGUGGGGUGGAGCACUGGACUCUGGGGCUCCCCUGGCUGGAGAAAGUGGGGUCUGGCCUGCUGAUGUUUACAUGGUGCCCUGCCUCCUGGAGGAGCAGAUUGCUGUCCCCUGCCUUGCCAGGGCAGGGUCUGGGCUGGGCGCCUGACUUGGCUGGGGAGGGCCAGCGCGGGGGCAGGGCAGGGCAGGCUAGGCUGUCACCGUGUGAAGAUGAAGGGGUUCUUCAUCUGCCUGCGCUCUCGUGGGUUUUUUUAGGAUUAUUGAAAGAGUCUGGGACCCUUGUUGGGGAGUGGGUGGCAGGUGGGAGUGGGCUGCUGGCCAUGAAUCUCUGCCUCUCCCAGGCUGUCCCCCUCCUUCCAGGGCCUCCUGGGGGACCUUUGUAAUUUAAGCCAAUUAAAAAUAUG